GCCCCCACCUGUGCCACUCUGCAGUGCCACCUACCUGUGCCCAGAAGUGCCACCUACAUGUGCCCAGCAGUGCCACCCACCUGUGCCCACCCACCAGUGCCACCCACCUGUGCCCACCAGUGCCACCCACCUGUGCCCACCCACCAGUGCUGCCCACCAGUGCCACCCACCAGUGCAGCCCAGCAGUGCUGCCAGUCAGUGCCACCAGUCAGUGCCCAGGGGUUGUGCCAGUCAGUGCCGCCAGUCAGUGCCCAGAAGUGAUGCCAGUCAGUGCCGUCUAUCAGUACCCAUCAUCAGUGUCACCUAUCAGUGCCGCCUAUCAGUGCUGCCUAUCCGUGCCACCUCAUUAGUACUGCCUAUCAGUGCCCUUUAG